AGGGCUGGAGGGUAUAUAACCGAACUCCUUCCUCCAGUAGGCACCAGUGUAUCCUGAACCCCCUCACCGUCCACCACCCCGUCAUCCACUACCAUGAAGGCUAUGCUGGUUAUCGCCCUGGGUCUAGUCGCCCUCGCCGCCGCCCGACCCAGCGAGAUUUUUGACUUCGAGGGUGACGACGCCGAGCAUGAGCAGGAGGGCGCCGCGGGUCGCUCUGUUACCGGCGAGUACAAGUGGGAGAGUCCUGAAGGCAUUGAGUUCGUGGUCAAAUACAUCGCUGACGAGAAGGGUUACCGCGUCCUGGAGUCCAACGCCGUCCCGUCCGCUAACGGCGAGUCUGCUGACGGUGAACAGGCCGACCUCGACGGUAGCGAAGAGGAGGAUGAAGAUGACGACAAAUAGAGGAACUCAUCUGGCUAACACGACAACGACGACAUACCACACAUCAACGAACGACGAAUUAAGUGAAUGAAAGUAUUACGUUAUAAUUAUCGUCGCUAAUGGCGUGUGUCUUCCUGGAUGUUGUCAACUGUGCAGCAACUUUAUAAAUAAACUAUUUAUGGUGUC